AUGGAUGAUAACGAAGAACUAGAUUACGUCGAGGUAGAUUAUUAUGCUACCUUAAAUUUACCCCGAAGUGCUACCCAAGAGGAAAUCAGCAAAGCGUACCGGAACUUGAGUCGAAUUUUCCAUCCCGACAAGCAUGGAAAUGGCGAAAAUAAGCAGAAAGCAGAACUUAUGUUUAAUCGCACGAAAAAAGCUUACGAAGUAUUGUCUGAUCCCCAUCAGCGCGCUAUUUACGAUUCGCUGGGUGUAAAAGGGCUGGAGACAGAAGGUUGGGAAAUAGUGCAUCGUACUAAAACGCCAAAUGAAAUCCGGGAAGAGUAUGAGCGUCUGGCUCAAGAGCGGGAAGAGCGCCGCUUGCAGCAGAAAACCAAUCCGCGUGGAAACAUUUCGGUGCACAUCAAUGCGACAGACUUCUUCAGUCGCUACGAUGACGAAUAUUAUGAUAGCGGUUUGCUACCAUCAAUUGAGGUGUCAGGCAUGAGUAUGUCACAGUCGAUUGAGGCUCCGUUGUCGCGAACGGAAAUAGCAACGCUAUCCGGAAGUCUCCACUUGCAGAAUGGUGUAGGCAGUGGCAAUUUCCUCCUCUCCGGAAAGAGAUUGAUCAACAAGGGAUGGUUCGAAGUUGACUGUGGAGCUGGAAAUGGCCCCGUGCUGGGAGCCAAAGGUUCACGUAAUCUUACGAAUAGGAUUUUCUUGACUGGAGGAACAACUUUCCAUUUUCGGCCGAAUGCAAUCAUACCAGGAUUGACAGGAACUUCAGCAAUACAGCUUGACAAGCACACCGUAGGCUAUCUAACGUACAAUGCUGGACUGCAGAAUUCCAUGUCAACCGUUGUGGAAAGGAACACGGAAAAGUACCAUUGCAAUCUUACUAUUACACUUGGUAUUCCUCAUUGCUACGUAGCUGCAGCUUACACGCGAAAGCUUUUGGAACAAGGCCUAAAACUUCGAGUAGCAUUGAAAGGUGGUACGUUUGGCUUCUUGUCUGAAUGUGGAGCAGAAAAGAAGGUUUCGAAAUACAGCUCUGUAUCAGCGACGGUUUGUGUCGGUGUACCGUCUGGCGUAAUGUUAAAAAUUAAAAUUAUUCGUUCUACACAAACGUACUUGUUUCCGAUUCACCUAAGCGAUGAAAUCAUUCCGGCUGCUAUAUUUUACGCAACCGUAACGCCACUGCUAACAUACUUUGUGCUGAAGAAAAUGCUGUUUGACCCUAUGAAUGAGGCUACAAAGCGGAAAAACAUCGAAAAGGUGAAAGAAACCAAUGGUGCACGAAUGGCGGAAAAGCGUAGAGAGGCAGAAUCGGCAAUUGCAUUGAUGGGCGCAUUGUUCGAGCGCAUUCGUAAAGAUGAGCUUAAAUGCGAAGGUCUCAUUAUCGUGUCGGCCUUGUAUGGUAAAUUUUCGGAUGUGGAAAAUGUCUCUCUGGAAGAGGCGGACGAUAUGGGUUUCGUUCAGCAGAACCCGUUCGUUAUUGACGUUCGGAUUCCUCUACAAUGUAUGGUGAAGGAUUCCCAAUUGACUUUGUAUUCGUCUAGCAAGAGCGAAUUACCCGGUUUUUACGAUCCGUGUUUCGGCGAAGAGAAACAGCUUAAAAUUGAUUACGAGUUUAAAAACAAAUCCUGCAGCUCGGUAUUUGCAGACUGCGACCCCGUUCGCCUUCCGGCGGUUACGAACGAAACAUCCCCAUAA